GGGAGUGGGCCCGGCUCUCAGCCAUUGGUCGCGCGGCCCCUGAGGGCGGAGGGACGCCGCAGAGCCGGGCACAGCCAGGCGGGUGCCCACUCCCACUGAGCCUGCCGCCCGUGCGCUCUGAUCGCGUCCGCUCGCUGGCGGUGCAUUCCCUGGGACCGCCCGGCGGGCGCGCAGCUCCGAGGCUGGGCCGCCGCCCCACUCCAACGCCAGAGUCCAGAUCCGCAAGGUCAUUUGUUCCUUCCUGGGGAGUCGCCACGCAGACAUUGACGGCUGGCAUUGCUCUGUGCUGUAUUCGCUUGAGUCUUCUCACCUGUCUUCAGUGGCUGCAAAUCCGGAUAAGUUUUUCCCUGGCGCUGAACACUCGGGUUCCCGGGCGGGGCUUUCUCUGGUCUCUGCGGACAGCUGAUCCCAAUGUUGCCUUUGUUUAAGGACCAAGACGUUUCACUGCGCUGAUGUUCCGGCCUGCGAUCUCUGCUGCUGUCAUCAUGAAAAAGCAAUGCCAAUGCCAUCGAUCCUGAGCCCAGUGUGAAACUUUCGAGUGCACCUACUCACGCCUGCCUCCCCUGCUUGUAGAGAUGUCCGGGGCUGACCCUUCCUCUGCGUUUGCAGGGAGUGUGGAGAACGGAACCUUUCUGGAGCUGUUUCCCACGUCGCUGUCCACAUCGGUAGACCCGUCCUCGGGCCACCUGUCCAGCGUCUACAUCUAUGUGUCCAUAUUCCUCAGCCUCCUCGCCUUCCUGCUUCUGCUGCUGAUCAUUGCUCUCCAGAGGCUGAAAAACAUCAUCUCCUCCAGUUCCUCCUACCCGGAGUACCCAAGUGAUGCUGGGAGCUCUUUCACCAAUUUGGAAGUCUGUAGCAUCUCCUCUCAGAGGUCUACGUUUUCAAACCUCUCAUCAUGAAGGAAAUGGAAGGACAGGCCAAGCGAUCAUGGCUUUGGUUUCUCCAGGCAGAAGGAGCUGCUGCUGCAUGAAAGAAAUGAUCACUCUGGUAGCUGUGUUUCCUGCUUUCAUGUUUUAUUUCUCUUCUGCUCAGGAUGCGUUCUGUUUGUGAGAGGAGGAGCCAAUGCUGACAGAAAUGUACGUAAACCUUGAGGUGUGGGAUUCUGCCCAAAGUUCUUGGCCAGCCUGGAGGCUGGUCAGCACUGUGUUGGACACCACAGACUCAGCUGAGUGGACUGCUGAGGAUGCUGGGUAGAGGCUCUUCCAAAGCCCUGAGACUAACUAAGUCAGCAGAAAUGGAACAAAACAAGAAGGCUAAUAUUUUCUGUAUUUAAAAGAUAAGGCAGAGAUGAUAUAUAAGAGACGAGAGAGAGAAAGAGAAACUUAGAUUUCACACACACGUUUCCAAAUGGAGGUUAAAAUAGGCUAGAUGUUUUUCUUUAACUUCACCUUAGCAAAUGUCACCCAUGAUGAGAAGUCAUUCGGGAACAUUCUGGGGGAGUCAAAAGCUUCAAUGGCACAAGGAAUGUGUGUCGUGAUGCAGCUUGCACUGCUCUUCUGCUCCUGGGUUUUCUCUUGGCUCGUUUUGCAGUCCUAAUGCUCUCCAGCUCUCCGGAAUCCUUGGUGACAGUUGCUGCUGCUGUUACUAAACGAAGCUCAGAAGAGGCACAAUCUCCUCACUAUCUUUUCCAUCCAGUAGGAAUUAAACAUAGAGAACUGUCUGUUCAGUUGUAUUUCAUCUAGUAAUACUCUUAGCGGCUGUGUGAUCCUUCGCUGAGUUCAUCUCUAAAGCCUUACUACAGAAUAGCACUGUCUCUACGGAGGCAGCCAUAUUUGCUCAUGUUAGUUUGCAAACCUUAGGGACUAUAAUACUGUGCCACACUCUGUGAAUGUGACGAGCCUCUGAUAAUUUCUUUGUGUUGACAAAAUUCUCUGCACUGAGUUUCUAGGGUGAGAGCUUAUACUAAAAGCUCCAGACAUUGCAACUGGGUCGCUGCAGAUCCUUCAGGAAUGCUGAAAGAUACUGCACUGAGGCCAGGCAUGGGUGUCCAUGCGACGAAGCAUGGCGGUAAGCACAAGCAUGGUAUGUAUAGUAUGUGCAGGGGAUCGGGCAAAGCCAACCACAGCUUCUUGUGGAUAGGAAUUUAAACCCAAAUUUUCAAAUAAACUAUCCACAGCCUGAGCACUGAGUUGAGGACCCUUGAGUGCCACUGUGCCAAUAUACAAGUCUUUCUGGGACAAACCCUACUCAAAAUAUUUUCUAAUCUUAAACACUGAAACUCCAACACAAAUCCCAGGUGGAUUGUCAGGCCUUGCCUGACGUCCUAGUCAUGCAGAGGUUUGAAAAGGAAGAUCAAAAGUUGCUUUCUUUGUUUUGCUUCACAAUCAAAUCAGGACACAUUUAGCUGCUUAUAUAUUGAAACCAUUCACAGACACAAUAGGACCGGUACAAAUGCUGCCCUCAAAUGUGCAGUGAAAAUCUUGCCUCUGUUGUCACUUAAAGUGUAGAAUCUUAGAUUAGAGAAGUUCUCCCUUUGGGGUGGUUAUAGCCAUUCUCUGAGUACCAUGGGCACAUGUAUAUGUGUAACUAUGUACACACAGUGUACACACAUACACACACACACACAUACUCACGUCUGCACGUAUUUCCAGGGAAAUGUUGCGUGACCACCAUCAGGAUUACAGAAGCACCUGUAAUGUCACUUCGACACUUUUGAUUAUUCUUGUACUAUUUUGGUUCUGAAGUUACUGGGUAAAGAGAUCUUAAUAAACACAAAGACAAACAUCCCAUUUGACAGACAGCCUGGCUAGGUAUUGUCCUGUGGAGGUGACGUUAUAUUCUUUUCUCCUGGAAUAGAUUCAAGGACUUUAGACCGGCAAACCACGUGAGUCAAAUUCGCUCGCCUCUGCAGGCGUCCUCCCCGGCCACAUGAUUCUUUCUCCCUGUGGUAACUGGAUAAUUACCAGCAAGACUCAAAGAUGGAAAAUAGGUGUCACCACCACACACUGUACAAGCUGAGAUGAGUUUGCCUUGUUGAGAAAGUUCAGAGAGACUAGAGAGCAGGAAUAUGAAUAAA